AUGACGAUAUUUUAUUUCCUCGGAAGGCGACAACAUUCAGUUCAAUUCUAUGCCACGAAGAGUCGGAGAACCGCGUUCAAGCUGGCCCAACAAGAACAUCCCCCUUCGGACGACAUCAUUCGCAACCUCCGAUUGCAGAAACAAGAUGACUUAUGGAUAUUUCAUGGACGAAUCAAUAAGCCCUUGAUCUACCUUCCCCAUCUUAGAGUUGGCGAACUCUUCGUUCUCGAUAUCCACGAACGUCACGGCCACGCCAGUACGUCAUAUACGCUAGCUGCAAUUCGUGAAAUUGUUUGGAUAACUCAAGGAAGAAGUUACGUGAAGAAGAUCCUCGCCCGGUGCCGACAAUGUGAACGUCGUCGAUUGAAGCCAUACAAACAGCCGGACUUCCCUCAAUUCCCGGAGUCGCGAACGCAACCGACCCGACCAUUCAAGGGUACUGGAAUGGAUUUUUGUGGACCAGUCAAGAUUAAAGGUUCAACGGGACCCGCGGAUGCCUGGAUAGUCAAGAUUAAAGGUUCAACGGGACCCGCGGAUGCCUGGAUCCCGUUGAACCUUUCUCUUCACCUGUCUGGGAUCACGAUAUGUAUCAACGGAAUUGGUGACGGACAUGAAGACAACGACGGUACUGAACGCCCUGCGACGUCUUGCGGCGACCUUUGGAACACCACGCACCAUUAUCUGCGACAACGCGAAGCAAACAAGAGCACGUACCCAUUCACAAGUGGCCAAUGGGCCGGAUCGUUGAAGUCAAGGACCAAAGUGAUGAACGGAAGAACUCGACGAACCCAAGAGCACCCUUUCAAGAAAAUGUUCCCGCUCGAAGACACUACUGUAGAAGAGGAUGGACGCUCAACGGCGAAAGUAACCAAUAGCACGUCACAAGAGGCGAAGCCUACCAGAAGAUCCCCUCGACCGCUUCGGAACACAAUCAACUCUACCGGGUUGGUCCUGCUUGUGGCAGCGCUUUUUGCUACGACUGAUGCGGAACAACAGCUCAUCAACAGUCCCACAAUGAUGAAUACGACGAUCGAAGACCGGUCCUCAUACCUGGAACCCUUGUGGAGUGUGACCAGCCAGCUGCAAGCUCAGUCUCAACAGCUUCAAUCAGUCAUCGGAAUUCUCGUCAUGAUGUGCAUUCUCAACAUUUUCUGCUCGACAUGCACAUUGCUACAGAAAUGCUGGACCACUGUGCGUUUGCUUCUUCGGGUCGCAUGGAUUGUUAUCGCACUUCCCAUUCGAUGGAUCUUUUCACGAUGCCCACGACCACGCCGAGGUAGAUUCAACCUCCAAAAGUUUCGCGGACUUCGUCCACGGAAUGCCAUUCUUCUGACAAUUGUGUUGCUGAUUGUACCACUGAUGGAAGGAUGUUCGCAAGAUGAUACCACGAUCUGCACCAUCAAGGAUGUGGCCACCACGCACGUCCGACCGAACGGAACCAUGGCUUGUUUUGAGCUUCACGACGCUAGUGGGAACAUGGCCUACACAGUUCAAACUUGGCCUACACAGGCAUUCAGCAUCGUAUCCUACUGCAAUCAGGAGACGGUGUUCUACAGCCGCGAUUAUACGCUCGCGUCUGAAUCGAGUCACCGCUGUGCCCACGCAGGGUCAUGUUCCGCGGACAAGUGCCAGACGACCAAAGUUGAUGACGAUUUGCCGGAAUUGAGCAACGAGGCGAAGGCGGCCCCGGUUUCACGAGAUGUCAGGAGGCCUGUGGAUGUCCUGCCUGUGGCUGUUUCUUCUGCUCUCCAGGAUGCAUUUUUCAUCGCGUCUAUGCACGACCGACAUCGACUACAAGCUACGAAGUCUUUCGGUGCCCAACCUGGUCUACCGCUAUCGACGCAGAACUUUCAUUCGAUCGCAUCCGGCUCAUUACGACGAAACGCCGGCAUUUGCCUUCACGCAGUGAGCUCUGGGGUUGCCCGGAGUGCCAGAACCAUUGGAACCUUCCAGUGCGCGUCCCUUGCGGAUGCCCGAAAUUUCAAUUGUCGGUUCAACGAAGAUCAAUGCCACUGCCGAACCACAGUGAAUAACCGCCGAUUGCCGUUCAAUACACAUGGAUUCCGAUUCGAGACCCAAGGAAACCGCGUACGAUCAAGGAUGACCAGUUCGAGUGUCGUAACUUUGCACCUCACCGCUGACCAACAUCGUUUCCGAGCUGUACAAGACAAUGCCAUUUGCUUCCUCAAUCUAACCGGAUGCCAUUCGUGCCUCCCGGGAGCAAAUUUGGCAGUCCGUUGCACGGCCCCCCGUACGGUCAAUGCUGUUCUUCGAUGUCCCAAUGACUGGCUCGGUUAUCUGCGAUGCUCCGCUGAAGGCACCGUCAACCGGCUCGAGUUUCACAGCGAUUUUCCAAACGUCGCACUGAACUGCUCUUGCCAAUGUGGUUCCACCACCACGUUCAUCGACAAAACCGAGUUUGCCACCUUUCUAGCUCCGACACGCUGA